AUCCAAGGUCCACAUGAGAUGCGCUUUAAAGUUUAAAGUCAGCUCAUAAAUCAAUUUUGAGUUAAAACCACCUUGGUCUAAGAAACAUUCCUCAAUUAAAUCUAUAAGACCAACAGACAGAUGAAAAUAUCAGAUAUUUGAGAUUGAAAAACACGGAUUGGAUUUUUAACAUUGGCGGAACGCUUUUGACCCUUAGCGCUUGCCGUAGUCGGAGACAGCGUAAUGGCAACCCUGUCUGACUCAAAACUUUUGACGCGACAAACUUUUUGAACUGCUAUGUCUUUCACACUCCUGGCAGCUGGUUUCAGGCAGCUCCAUCUUGUACUUUUUAAAGCCGCGUCGACCGCCAGUUGAAACGAAGGCCAAACGGCGAUCUUCAAGAUGUGAAUAUGUGUGCUGCUAACUUUAAGUGCUCCAAAGAUGCAUCGCCGAUAGCUAACGGUAGCUAAGCUAGCCACUCAGCAAAGUUAGCUGAAGUUGUUGCGUGUGUCGCGGGAUUUCAAAUGUCAUACCGGACAGCAAACCGACGCUAACUCAUCAACGCGCCUGUUUUUGGCUUUGGUCGGUUGGUGUUUCAUAUCAAAAUGUGUCGCUUCCUGCGCUACUGUAUCAGCCACUGCCUUCAUGCAGCGAUGACCCGGCUGGAAGAGGUCAACGGAGAGGUGAGCAUGUGGUCGUCGGUCCGGUGGCUGGGCUACCUGUCCGGUCUCAACCUGCUGGUCGCCCUGUUCCUGGGGCUCUACGUCCGGUGGGAGAAGACCGCGGACUCCACUCUUCUUGUCAUUUUCGUGUUGGCUCUGUGUGUCCUGGGGAUAGCAUGCGUAUUGUACUACUACUUCAACAUGGAGAGGAUCAGCCACAGCCUGCUCCACCUGUGGUUCGGCUUUCUGCUGGGUCUGCUUUGCCUCAUCGACAGCCCCGUCCUGGAGGCCGACGUGAAGGAGCAGGCGGCCAACUACAUGCUGCUGGCCAGUGCGACCCUGAGGACGCUGUGGGCGCUCCUGGAGAGACUGCUGGGAUGUGUCAGGUACCGCCCUGCCGUCCUCACCUCGGCAGAGCGGCUGGAGCUGGCGGGCUUCGCCAGCGCCAGCGCGGCGCUGCUCCUCCAGAAGUCCCUGAGCGUGAUGGUGCUGCUGGUGGCGCUGGCCACGGUCAUGGUUGCCCUCCGGAUGAAGGUGGUCCUGGCUCCUGCAAACUUGACCUGCUUCGCCGUCCUCACCGCGGAGCUGUUCUUCAAGUCUCUGAACAUCACCACCAACCCGUUCGCCGUCGCCUGCUUCUUCAGCCAGCUCAUCUGCGACCCUCUGCUGGAUUUCUACUUCAGCGGUCUCUCUGUGACCGAGCGCUGGCAGCCUUUCCUGGCCUGGAGGGGCCUGUGGCGCCGGCUGUCUCUCCUGCCUCUGCUGGUGGUGGAGGUGAGCCUCAUCAUCCUGGCCUCUGGGAAGCUGACGGACCUGGACCAGUGGUACUUGAUGAUCCCGGGCUUUGUGGUGUGUCUGCUCUUCUGGUCCAUCUGCCACUUGGUGUUUGUCAUCACUGUGUGGAGCUUUCACACCAAGCUCAGUGAUUGUCAGAGGCUGUGCUUGUCGCAGGGGUCAUGGUUCAGCGGACUGGACAAGGUCAUGGCCUCAAAGGGCAUGAGACACUUCUGCCUCAUUUCGGAACCCCUGGUGCUCUUCACGCUGGUGACAACUGUUGCUGUUGCUGCUCUUUGUUGGCAGGCCUCCAGCAGCAUCUUUGUGAGCAUGUUUCUGCUCAUCCUGUCUCUGGAGUCCCUGUUCCACGGGCUUUUCCACGAGCUCGGGAACAGCCUGGGAGGAACCUGUGUGGGCUACGCAUUGGUCAUCCCCACCAACUACUGCAGCCUUGAUGGUCAGCCCAUGCUGCUGCCUCCGGGCCAGGUGCAGGAGCUGAACACGCGCUCUACGGGCAUUUUGAACAACGCGCAGCGUUUCUUCGCCCACCACCUGAUUGAGAUUUUCGGCUGUGACUAUUCCACCAGCGGGGUGACUCUAGAGGCCCUGCAGGCCAAGAUCAAAUCCUUCUUGGAGCUCCGCACAGCAGACGGGCCUCGCCACGACACCUACGUGAUCUUCUACAGCGGUCACACCCACAGAACUGGAGAGUGGGCACUGGCAGGAGGAGACACUCUUCGCCUCGAUCACAUCUUGGAGUGGUGGAGGGAGAAGAACAGCAGCUGCUGUUCCCGCCUAAUCCUGGUGCUCGACUGCGACAACUCGUUGUCGUGGGUGAGGCAGGUCAGGAAUGUGGAGGGUCUGUACGUGGCCGUGCAGGGAGCGACGCUCGCCAGAGUGACAGAUGUCGAGCUGCAGGACCUCCCGCAGCUCGGGGACUUCACUUCUCAGUGGGUGGAGUAUAACUGCAACUCAAACAGUGACAUCCAGUGGUCGGAGAGGGGCAGGCAGGUUUCUGCCGCCUACGGUAUCUCCAAACACUGGAGCGACUACACGCUGCACCUGCCAACCGGAAGUGACGUCACCAACCACUGGCGCAUGUACUUUCCCCGGAUGACCUACCCGGUGGUCCAGUUGGCAGUGUGGUGCAGCAGCCUGAACCUGCUGUGGAUCUGCAGCGUCUUCCUGCGCUGUCUCAAGAGAGUCAAGCUCAACUGGUUUCCACCAGCGAUACUGGACACUGGCCAAGGCUUCAAACUGGUCAGAUCUUAGAGAUACGAAGAGGGCUAUUGUUAUUUGUAGAAUCAAUUACACACAAAAUACGCUCUAAACCUAAUGUAAAAUAGGCAGCUACUGAAUCAAACAUUGUCGCCGCUAACCAGUGUCCUUUUUGUUACUGCAAAACUAAUCACUUAGUUACUGAUUGGUGCAUUUUAAAAGUUUGUCUUUUCAGUACCAGUUUUUAUACUCUUCGCAAGUUGUUUUAUUAAUGUGUGUUUUUAGCUUUGAUUUAGCGAUCUUAACAUCCCCCUCAAACAUAUGUUAAUUUGUGGGAUGAAACUGAGCACAUGUACAUUAUUUUUGCACAUUUUUGCAUUGCAUUUACUGUUACAUACAUUUGCAUUGGUGCCUUUUACCAUAAAAAAAACACCAAAGAACAUCAAGCUCACUUGGCUGACAUUCUCAACAUUUAAAGCAAAGAGGCUGUGGUACAUUCUCAGAGGAAAAUCUCAGGCAUAAAUUAUAUUCCAGGCAGUCUUUUUCUAGAGCUUAAAAUUGUAUAUUACACAUUUUCAUAGUGAAAUGAUUCCUCUUAUACUCCUCUGUACUUCACUAUGCAUUUUCUGCUCAUAGAUUUGAGCACAAAUUUUUUGCACUGCUUAAUGCUUUUUUUUGGGGGGGGGGGGGUUAUAUCCUCUUCAGCUGCUUGAGGGGGUCCAGAAAAAGUUGUAAAACUGUACUGAUGAAUGCAGUACAUGCAGAGAUGUGAACAAACUACAAUAUUUAUCCCACACUAAACUCCAGGAGUUAAAUGCAUCGCACAAUGACAUGGGUUUUCUUUCUGGGGUUUGUUGGAGUUUAUGGGCUAUGCAAGAUUGUUCUGAUCAGUUUUAUGUGUGUGCAAAGAGAUUAGCUGUAAGAAUGGAUGAAACUAUGCAAUAAAAGACGAGUGGGACAGCUCAUUGGAUACAUUCUGCCAUUAACUAAAUGAAGUAGCUUAAUUCAUGUGUCAGGCACCAGGAGAAUGACAAGUAUCUAAUCUUCUAUUCAUUAAUAGUAAAUGGUCUAAACUAGGUAACACUUUUUUUAUGGGGCUGCUAUUUCCUAAAACUUUCUUGAAAAUUUCGGAAAGAAUUUAUGUAAUUUGGCUUUAGUUACAGGGAAAACAGAAAGUUUCGAGACUGUUAAGUUUAAAAAGUUUUCCAGAAAGAUUUCCUUGAAUGAACUGCUCCUUUUAAACCCAAAUAAAUAUCUUUCGCUAUUCCUUUA